AUGGCUCAGUAUUCAACUGGUUCAACGUCCUCGUCCGAUGAUUCCAGCGAUGACGAUGCAUCUCGUCCAGUACCUGAAGGUUCGCCUCAAACAGACGGGUCACAGCGUUCGAAGGAUGGUCGAACAGAAACUUCGAGUGAUUCUGAUGAUACUGAAAACGACGAGGUACAGAAGGAAGAGGAACAAAACAGCGACCGUUCUUCGUCAGAGGAGUCGGGAACUGAUGGGAGACAACAAGGCUCAUUAUCUGAACCGGCAAAUGAUUCAAAGUUUACUCUCGGUUCGUCAGAAGAUGGAAGCAGGUCGCCACCUUCGGAGAGACAACCUCCAAGCCAUGAAGACUCCCCAGCAUCUGUAAAGCACUCAGAGGGACGUCGUGGGAGAGCCCAGAUUUCAUCUGAUGAAGAUGAGGAUGAAGCAGUGACCGGUGAUAUGGGUGGCCACAGCGCAUCUAAAAAAUCUGAAGGACAAGAGCUGAAUGACAUUGAUCUCAGUGAUAGUGAAAACGAGAAUCAGGAAGAAAGUAAAGAAAUGACAGAGGACGAUAUUGUCGGGCCUCGAUUAUAUGCGGAUCCUGAUGCACAAGAGGACGAGCAGGAAGUGCGGCCUCCUACAAUAGUAGAAGUUAACACUGCAAGGAUUGACCCUAGUUUCACCUUUAGUGGUCUUUACUUUGUCAAACUUCCUAACUUUUUGAGCGUCGACUCCCGACCUUUUGAUCAGGAACACUACGAGGAUGAAAUUGAUGAGGAUGAAUAUUUGGAUGAGGAAGGAAGAGGAAGGCUUAAGUUAAAAGUUGAAAAUACCCUACGAUGGAGGUACAAACUAGACGAAGAGGGGAAUUUAGCCAAGCAGAGCAAUGCAAAAAUUAUUCGCUGGUCGGAUGGAACGAUGUCGCUUAAAUUGGGUAACGAGCUGUUUGACGUUCAAUGCCAGCUAAUGCAACGAGACAAUCAUUUGUUCAUGAGACAAGGUGCUGGUUUGCAAGGACAUGCUGUAUUUAGCAAAAAAUUAGUAUUUCGCCCAUUCUCGACGGAUUCGGUUACACAUCGGAAGGUCACUUUGUCAAUGGCAGACCGUACAAAUAAGUCACAGAAAGUUAAAGUAUUAAAUAACGUUGGUCAGGAUCCAGAGGCGCAGAAAGCGGAAAUGGUUCGAAAAGAAGAGGAGAGACUAAGAGCACAAAACCGACGGGAAGCGCAGCAGAGACGUAAUCGUAUGAGACCUAGUUUACGCACUGGUCUUUCAGCCAACUAUCUUGAAGGUGGUAAAGGCGAAGAAGGGAUUGCAUCUAUUAAGAGGAGUUAUAGAGCUGCUGCUUUCGACGAAGCACCUCUUAUUGGUCGUUCGGAUUCGGAGGAAUCUGAUUCUCAACGGCUUCAUGAUGCUCAGAAGGAUAGUGAUGAAUCAGAUUCCGAUCAGGAGAGGAGGAAUCAGAGGAAAAAGAAGGUCAUUAUUGAAGAUGACGAAGAUUGA